AUGAACUCCAAGUUUGCUGGGGGGCUAGUGCUUUCGCGCUUUUUAACGGACGAAACUGGAUCAAACUGCGGAGACUUUACGUUUAAUGAACAAGAUUUGCUGCUUAUUUGCUGUCGAGAGAUAAAUUUGAAUGAUCAGCCCUCUCAGUUGAUGGUCAGCCACCCCAAAAUUCCGGGUCUGUCGUGGAUAAUUUUUUUCUACCAAACUGGACCCAACCAGUAUCAGCCCCGUAUCGCUUUCGAUUUUCCCAGUUACCUUCGGGCCGAUUGUGAGGUGUGUAUUCAGUUUGGCGGAAUGCACUGGCUAGUGAAGCAUAAGUUUGAGGGUAGCGCCUGGCUCACGACCUCAUUGCCUCCUAAAGUGAUGAACGAACGCUGGGUAACACAGGGUACAGUAAAACGGGUUGAAGUGCGUAUAAACAUCACUAAGAUCUGGUUCAAGUUUCCACUUUUCACGGUUUGCUGCCACCCACUGGACACAAAGCUCUUUGUCAGACAGCCAGAUUUCACCAUACCAGACCACUUGUCGGACGUCCAGCUAAUGCCACAGGACAACGGAAAUCGCCGUUUAUUUGCUCACAGGCAGAUUCUCGCGAUGCAUUCGCCAUGGUUCACUGAGCGGUUCAAGAGCUCGGCCGCCCUGAACAACGGUGAUAUAGGCCCGGUAAUCUCUAUUCCAUUUGAGUACGAGGCUGUGCUCUUCUUCUUGCGUUUUAUCUACCCCAAUGGAGACCUUUCGUUGACAAGCGAGAACGUCGAAGGCCUCAUGGAUAUGGCUAAAGAAUACCAAAUUCCCAACAUAAUACGAAAAUGUGAAAAGUUUCUGUACAAAUACUUGGAAGGGGGUUCGGCUCUGAUCGCCUACUAUCUGGCCAGAAAGCACGAGCUUCCUAAGCUCCAGGAAGCGGCGUUAAUGCAUCUGGCCGAACUAAAUGCCUCUCAGCUGAGGGCGCGGCUUAAUCUGGACAUGAAGGACAAGCCUGCAGAUGUCCACGAAGUGCUUCUAAAUGACCUUUGUCUUAAGUUAUCAGGAUCUCCACUUUAA